AUGUAUUCCCUUAGAGAGGUGAACCCCAUGCUGAGAGGGAUAAGAGUCUCACCACAGUGGGCGCUACAGAGACGUUCAGAACAGAUCACUGCACUACUCCAACAGGGAGAGCAGAAACCAUUCAAGGAAGUUAUUGACAUUAGCUCAGGUGAUUCACACAGGACCGGGAUAAAACCAAUCUCCUUUGUGCGACAGGUCCUGUCGGUCUGUCUGUACCCUGAGCUCCUGCAUGAUGACACACUUCCUGUGGACGUCAGGCAGAGAGCCCAGAGGCUGCUGGCAGAGUGUGAUGGGGGCAGUGUGGGUUCAUACACAGACUCCUGUGGGCUGCCUCAUGUUCAGCGCAGCGUUGCAGAGUUCAUCACUGGUCGAGACGGAGGAGUGCCUUCCUAUCCCCACAACAUCUUCAUCUCUGCUGGCUCACAGACAGCUCUGAAAGUGAUGCUAAAGCUGUUGGUGAGAGGGAAGGGUGUGUCCCAAACGGGUGUGUUGAUCCCCCAACCCUGCCCCCACACCCUGCCGAUGCUGCUGGAGGAGGUAGGGGCUGUCCUGGUGCCUUACCAGCUGAGUGAGGAGCAGGGCUGGGCACUGGAGCCAGGGGAGCUGCACCGAGCCCUCACCGCCUCUAGAGGGCACUGCAGGCCUAGAGCGCUCUACAUCAGCAACCCUGGUAUCCCCACUGGUCAUGUACAGAGCAGGAAAUCUAUAGAAUGGGUGAUUCAGUUUGCUGCAGAAGAGAGGCUCUUCCUAUUGGUCAAUGAGGUGUAUCAGGACUGUGUGUAUGGGGAGGGCAUGGAGUUUAUGUCCUAUAAGAGGGUCCUGUUUGAAAUGGGUCAGCAGUACUCUGAGAUGGUAGAACUGGCCUCCUUUCACUCCAUAUCCAAUGGCAUCAUGGGAGAGUGUGGGCUGCGUGCGGGGUACAUGGAGCUGGUGAAUGUGGACCCAGCAGUGAUGGUGUUUGCUAAGACCCUCCUGUGUACUGACAUCAAUGCCCCCGUCACAGGACAGAUCGCCCUAGAAAUAAUGGUUAACCCUCCAAGACCUGGAGACCCCUCCCAUAGCAAGUAUACACAGGAGAUUCUGACCAAUCGGAUCACCCUGGCCCAGAAUGCUCAGCGGGCUUGGGAGUUUCUGAUUGGUCUUCCGGGGGUGAGCUGUCAGCCAGUGACGGGAGGUAUUUUUAUCUACCCCCGUCUGAGCCUUCCCCCUAAGGCAGUGGAACAGGCCAGGUCUGACGGACUGGAGGCAGACGUGUUAUACAGUCAGAGCCUACUCGAUGAGGAGGGUGUGUGUGUGGGAGCAGGGUGUGAGCAGAGAGAGGACAAAUACCACAUCAGGUAAAUGUGAGUGUGUGCAGAGGCACAUGGGCACACAGGGGCACACGCCCCCUCAGAUAUGUUUUGUUAAACAAUAG